GCCGCGGUAACCCCGCCUUCCGGGCCGCGGAUUGGCCCAUGACAGCACCCUUCGGUCGCGCUGGUGUCUGGGAAGGAGAGAAAAUGGCUGCGGAACCGAGCAAGACCGAAAUCCAGACUAUUUUUAAGAGACUUCGCGCAAUUCCGACGAACAAGGCCUGCUUCGACUGUGGCGCCAAGAAUCCGAGUUGGGCCAGCAUCACGUACGGCGUUUUCUUGUGCAUUGACUGCUCCGGAGUGCACCGCUCCCUCGGCGUCCAUCUCAGUUUCAUCAGGUCCACAGAGUUGGAUUCCCACUGGAGCUGGUUACAGCUGAGGUGUAUGCAGGUCGGCGGGAAUGCCAAUGCGACAGCUUUUUUUCGCCAACAUGGUUGCACAGCCAGUGAUGCAAACACCAAAUAUAAUAGCCGAGCUGCCCAGAUGUACCGGGAAAAGAUCCGGCAGCUGGGGAGUGCAGCCCUUGCUAGGCAUGGCACCAAUCUUUGGAUAGACAGUAUGAGUAGUGUUUCCAGUCACUCCCCAGAGAAGAAGGACUCUGAUUUCUUCAUGGAACACACACAACCCCCUGCCUGGAAUGCACCAGCCACCAACCCAGCAGAGACCCAGCAGCCAGCCCCAUCUGCAGAGAGCAGUGGCCUGGCACAGUCAAAGCAUGGCCCCAACAUAGACCUUGGCACUUCACCCAAAACCAUACUGGAACUGAAAACCUCCCUCAUUGGCAAGAAGAAGCCAGCAGCAGCUAAGAAAGGGCUGGGUGUGAAGAAAGGCCUAGGGGCCCAGAAAGUUAGCAGCCAGAGCUUCAGUGAGAUUGAGCGGCAGGCUCAGGUGGCAGAAAAGCUCCGUGAACAGCAGGUGUCUGAUGCCAAGAAGCAGGCCGAGGAGUCCAUGGUUAUCUCCAUGCGUCUGGCUUACCAGGAGCUCCAAAUUGACUGUAAGAAGGAGGAGAAGAAACUACAGAAUCUGAAAGGAAAGAAGCGAGAGCAGGCAGAGCGUUUGGGCAUGGGCUUGAUAUCACGAAGCUCGGUCUCCCACUCCAUUCUGUCUGAGAUGCAGGUGAUUGAGCAGGAAACCCCAGUGAGUGCAAAAUCUUCCCACUCACAGCUGGACUUGUUUGAAGAUGUUGGUACUUUUGCCUCUGGACCCCCAAAGUACAAGGACAACCCCUUUUCCCUUGGGGAAAGCUUUGGUUCCCACUGGGAUGCAGAUGCCACCUGGGGUGUGGACAGGAUGGAGGAGAAGGAACCAGAAGUGACCAUCUCAAGCAUCCGGCCUGUAUCAGAAAGAGUCACAAACCGGAGGGAAGUGGAAAGCCGGAGCUCUGGCCUCGAGUCCAGUGAAGCAUGUCAGAAAUUUGCAGGAGCCAAAGCCAUCUCAUCUGAUAUCUUCUUUGGACGGGAGGUGGAUACUGGGUAUGAAGCCAGAUAUCGGCUACAGCAGCUCUCAGGCAGUAGUGCCAUCAGCUCUUCAGAUCUCUUUGGCGACAUGGAUGGAGCUCAUGGAGCAGGUAGUGUAUCUCUGGGGAAUGUGCUACCUACAGCUGACAUUGCCCAGUUUAAGCAGGGUGUCAAGUCUGUGGCUGGGAAGAUGGCUGUGCUGGCCAAUGGUGUGAUGAAUUCUUUGCAGGAUCGCUAUGGUUCCUACUGAUGCAGGCUCUGUGGCGCAAGCAUUGGGUGUUGACAGCUGCAAAAAACCCCCCUGAUUCUGACCCCGGGAUGCUUGCCUUGUGGGAGCUGGGGGGAGUUGUUACUUCAUGUGUGUGGUGUGUGAGUGGGGUGGACUUUGAGGAUCUAGGAUGAGGGGAUGGGCCCGUACCAGUCCUUGACCUCUGCCUGUAGACUGAGCCCUUUAUUCUCCUCUGAUCAUAUCCCCCUCCCCUGUGUUAGAUCAUUGUCCUUCCAGUCCUGCCUCCAAAGCUCCUGCUCACUUGUUCUGCCACGCUGGGAGUAAGGGGAGGCAGUUCCUUCAGGAUGGCUUGUUCUGGGUCCAGCCUGUCCCUGAGUAGGGAAAGUGAAAAGGGGAAGGCUUCUGUGCUGGCUGUAGGAUCCUUCCAGGCCACCCGGGGGUUGGGUCACCAGCCUCUGGAACCAGUGGGGAGGUCAAAAAACUGAUUUCUGCUAUAGGGGAGGGAGGCUAGGGCUGUUCCAGUGGCCUCUUCUGGGUGCCAGGAGAGGGCAGGGUUGGGGUAAGACCUUCAUCUGGGUCACACUAAGGGCUAGAAACUUCACCUGGUACCUGAAGGUUUCCUUUGGGAUCAGACUGGAGGCCUGAGUGAUCAUCUCCUUUCUCAUGGCCGCCUUUCUGCAGUGAUCACUUGGAGGAUUACUUUCCUCUGGUGUGUCUGGGUGUCCUUCCAAACCCCGCAUUGCAGGCCACAGGACCUUCUGUCUGUCCUCUCCUGAGACUGUCCCUUCCUCCCCUGCUUGGUGGCCGUGAUGGGUCUCGUCUGCCCUGUGCUGUGCUCUGGAUGCUGCGAGCAUAAUGCUGGCCAAGGAAGCAGAGGGCAUGAGGGACAGAUGCAAGCUCCUGCAGCUCAACCUUCCUCUGCAUCAUCCUGGUCAUAAGGGAGCCUGGACAGCACCCCACCCUAGUGAGAGCCUGGGGUACCUACACAGCUGCAGGCCUCACGCCUUGCCUGCAGGGGAUCACUGUGUUAUCCUUGGUGCCAUCAUCGCCUGCCCUGUUGGCAGUUUGGGCCUCCUCUACCCCUGUGGUUUGAGGCUUGGGCUCCCAAGCAACACAGACCACUCUGUCCCGCUCCCUCCCCCAAAGGGACUUGACUUUGUUUCUGAACUAUUUGUGUUACAACAAAGUGGUGUGAAAUAAAGCCCUGGUGGGGCCCUGGGCUGUG